AUGGGGUACAUAUACCAACAGUCGGGAAUUCCAGAGCAUGCACUGACAACAAGAAUUCCCAACACAGUGUUUUUGUCCUUCUUGCUCUUCAACAGAUGUCGAUUGUUCUUGGUCUCAACUAAAGCUGGGUCUUUAGGAACAAACCUUGUUGGAGCCAAUCGUGUAAUUAUCAUCGAUACAUCAUGGAACCCUUCGCAUGACACACAGGCUAUCUUCAGGGUGUACAGAUUUGGACAAAAGAAACCAGUUUAUAUUUAUCGUUUUCUUGCUCAGGGAACAAUGGAAGAGAAGAUUUAUGAUCGUCAAGUGACUAAACUUUCCCUUUCUUGUCGUGUGGUUGAUGACCAGCAGAUAGAACGCCACUUCAAUGCCGCAGAUUUAGAAGAACUAUACUCUUUUGAGCCAGACAGUAAAAGUAAACGACCAACUCCCAUGGUUCCCAAGGAUCGACUCCUUGCUGAUCUGUUAUAUCAACAUGCUAACUGGAUUGUCUCCUAUCAUGAGCAUGACUCACUGCUCCUAAACAACCCAGAAGAAGAACUAACUGAAGAAGAGUGUCAGUCUGCUUGGCAGGAAUAUGAAGCAGAACGAAAAGGAAUAAAAAACAACCUUAAUUUUGAAUUUGAAGCUACAUCUUCUCAAGAAAUGCCACAGAAGUCCAACAGAGAAAAAGAUUCUUUCAAUGCCCAGUAUAACACAAAUUCUGAAUUCCAGGAAGUCACUCAACAAAUUGGAAACAUGGUUCGGAUGAUCAAGUCCAAAGACCUGUAUCAAACUCCAGAGCAAGUUCACAAGAAUGUAAUGUCCUCAAUUUACGUAACUCGUAAUAUUCUUCAAAGGCAACAAGUUGAACUUCUUCAUAAAAGACAAGAG